AUGCCGUCAGAUGGGAUGGGCAAUCGCCACCGAUUCUUCAUCGACUUGGCGGCGAACGAAUGGCGAAGGAACUCCAACACGCGUGCGCUUGAGCGCGACUACAACUGGGAGGGCCUGUGCAUCGAGGCUAACCCCUCGCUGCACGCGAGCCUCCUUUCUCAGAGAAACUGCACCGUCGUCGGAGCCGCCGUUGCGAGCACUGAGGAAAUGGUGCGCUUCACCCCUCGAGGGGUGUAUGGUGGAAUCGUCGGUAAGGGCAUGCGCAACUCCAAGGCGCACGAUGAGGACGUGAUUGAGAUGAGGACAGUGCCGUUUUGGCGCAUCCUCGAGCAGACAAAGGCACCGAAGACGAUCGACUACAUGUCGCUCGAUGUUGAGGCGCGAGCUCCUCCACCCCCAGACCGCACCCUCAGGAGCCGCAUCCUUGCCCUCACCCUUUCCCUUUGCCAAUUUCAGGGGGCGGAGAGUCUCGUGAUGGCCUCGUUCCCAUGGGACGCGUACUCCAUCUCCGUGCUCACCGUCGAAAAUCCCAAGGAGGACCUCGUCCAGGCACUCGAGGCGCACGGCUACGUGUGGCAGUGCAACCACGGCCAUUACGGCGACGAGAUGUGGCUCUCGCGGAGGGCCCUCGAGUUCAAGCACGUCCAGCGGGCGCUUGCGCGGGGCAUCCAUAACUGCACUCACGACCCCAACAACGGCAAGCGGGUCCAGAGGAAGUGCGAUUGCGUGCCGCCGCCGGAGCCCUAA